AUGGGAGCUAAUCAUUCGGUUGCCAACAGUUUACGUCUCGCACAACAGGCUGAAGAAAUUUUAGUAGCCAUAGCAAAAAAGGACUCAUCAGCUCUACGUAAAUUAGCAAGAAGGCCUGGAGGAUUUGUGAAUGAUAGACUGAGAAAAUAUGUUUGGCCUAUAUUAUUACAUACGCAACAUGGACAUUAUAUCGCAGAAAAAGGAAGUGAAAAGGAUUUGGCUGAUCCAGCUCAAAUAACAAAGGACGUACAAAGGUCACUAUAUUAUUACCCUCAAGAUGUGACGCCCACAUUCAAAGCGAGUAAACAACAGGAAUUGCACUGUAUGAUUGUCGAGAUUUUAUGGAGAAAUCCCAAUUUAAAAUAUUAUCAAGGAUUCCACGAUAUCUGUACAGUCUUUUUGCUGGUUUUGGGCAAAAAGGCUGCUAUCCCAGCUGCUGAAAAUGUCGCUUUAUUCUUUAUUAGAGACGCUUUACUGGAUUCGUUUGAUCCAAUCUCCAAACAACUAAGAAUUAUGAGCUCAAUUAUAGAAUACGAAGAUCGUGAGUUAACCAUUUGUCUAGAAAGAGCAAACAUCAUGCCCUAUUACGCACUAAGUUGGCUAUUAACGUGGUUCAGUCAUGAUUUUGAGAAUUACGAAAAAGUGAUUCGGCUUUUUGACUUGUUCAUUUCAAGUCAAGCAUUGAUGCCCGUCUUUACAGCUAGCGCAGUCACACUUUUAAGAAGGGAUGAAAUCGUAAAUGCAGAAAAAGAUACAGUGCACUCCUUAAUGACACGAAUACCACAAGAUAUGAAUAUAGAAAAGAUCAUAGAGAAAGCAGUAUAUUUAGAAAACAAAUACACAUCUCUACAAUUGCAAAAGGAAAGUGGAAUAUGGCUACAUGACGAAUCUGUCAUAAAUACUUGGCACGAAGAUUGGGAAACACUGAAAUGGGGAGAAGUGCCAGAUCAUGUCAAAGCAAAUCAAUAUUUGAAUAAUCAACCGGAAAAAGAAGAAUGGGAAGAUGAAAUGUUGGUCGAAUGGGCUCGGAGGAGACGGGAGUCUGUUAUUGACACUGAUGACGAGCAAGAUAUACUUGGCUAUUUAGGCAGGGGUUAA